GUACUUCUCUUGAUAUGUUCUUUUUUCUAAAAAAAAAUUGAUCAUGAUUGUUUUUAGUUCGUGCAAAUCCUAUCGAAAACAUGUCCGAACAGGAAAAGACGGCUAUUCGAAAUAGUGUAGCAAUGAUCAAGCCUAUGUAUGAAAAAAUUGAUAGUCUACUGCCUGUCUUCUUUGCACUAACAUCAAAUGUGGAAGCUACAAAACGAUUGAUGCUGAUGAAAUACAUGUUUGAAGACCAGUUGACUGCACUUCAACAGAAUAGAUAUGUUAUUACUUUGGAACAUUUAACAAAACUUCGUGAACAAUUCAGUGGUUACUUCUCUUGGGUUCGUAAUGCUGUUGGAGCCCACAGUCAGCAGCAGCAACAACAACAACAGCAGCAGCAAGGCCCUACACAGCAAUUACAACAGCCUCAGCAGCAGGUGCAGACAGACUUUAAUCAACAACAACAGUUACAAAAUCAACAACAGUCGCUGCAUGUACAACAACAAUUACAAGCUGCUAAAUUAGCUCAAGCACAGGCACUUGCACAAGCACAAGCGCUGGCAGCCCAACAACAGCUGAAACAACAGCAACAACAACAAAACAACACUCAAAAUCCAGCUGUAGCGACUGCUGUCCAAAUGAAUGAAGCUCAUUCUGCAGCUGCUACUCCAACUAUGCCUCCAGCUGGUCAAAUUGGAAUAAAACGUGGUAGUAUUGAUCUUAAAUUACCUCCAAACAAGAAGCAAAAGGCUGGAAGCGUCACAGGUACCCCACAACAGACGACAAUUGAUUUGACGCAGACUCCUCAGCAGCAACAUGCUGUUGUUCAGGAAGCUCCCACAAUAUCAGCAGCAACAACGACGCCUACUGCUACUGCUGCAGUUCCAACAGGGGCACCUAGUAGUGAAGCUAUUGCUAACGCGAAUGCUGCUAUUGCUACAGCUAAUCCAGCAGGUAUGACGCUAAGUCAACGACAAGCCCAAUCUCAGAUGAUAUACCAAGCCGCUAUUGCGAGCGGAAUUCCUCCACAAAUUGUCAACCUUUUGCCUCCUCGUGCAUUACAAUGUAGCUGGUUAUUACAACAGGCAGCUCAAAACCGAAUUACUUUAACGACAGCACAACAGCAACAAAUUCGUAAUAUGCUGAAUGAAAGAAUUGAAGCUGCCAAACAACAAUUAGCCAAACAGACUAUGGACACUCAGCAACAGCAACAGCAACAGCCACAGCAGCCACAGCAACCUCAGGCACAGAUCCAGAUCCAGACACAACCUUCUCCUGCGGCAGUGGCACAUGCCAGCCCUUCAAUAAAAUCUCAAGUCAAAGCUCCUGUUAAUGAUGUGCAAUCAGUAAAAGCAGAGCCUACUACAGACUUGAAGAGUUACGAAUCGGCUCAAAAAGCUGCCAACAUGAUGCAUCUAUUCCGAUUGCAACAGCAACAACAAGCUCAGCGACAGGCCCCUACUGUUUCUCAACCUCCAAUUCAACCAUUACAACGACAACAGCAACAACAAAGCACAACAACUAUACCCGCUCAAACACAGCCUAUACCACAAUCAUUAGUUCAGCCAGCUCAGCCUAUCCAAGCAGUAACGCCGCCUGCCCCUCAACCUAAAAUGAUUGUGCCCUCCCCAAGGCCAACACCUACGCCUGGAGCUGCCUUAAAAAUGGCAAUGCUAGCAGGAGAUGUCAAAUACCAAAGCUCUAUGCUUUAUAUCAAUGACAUGCAAAAGGACGUAGAGGCUCUUUUUGCUCGUGCUGAUCAACCCAAAUCAUCCAACAAGACAGAACCAUUCUUUAAUGGAACUAAAGGCACAUUGUUAUUUGAACCUUUCCCACUUGAUGAUUUUGAAGAUGAUAAGGAAGAAGAGGAAAAGAAUAACGUGCUAAAAGAAGAAGACGUCAUGGAUACUUGGUAUAAAGUUGGCAUGGAUACUGGUGUACCUGAAAUGCACGAUAUCUUGACAGGCUUUUCUUUUGAUGAAUGUGCUGCUCAAGCUUUUAUUUCAACCUAAAUUCCAUCCCUUUUUUAAUAAAAAUAAAAUUGCAUUAACAAAUAAAGCUGUAAUAACUGGCCUGUGCAUUGUAGAGCCUAGC